CUUGCUCUUUCUCUCCCUUCUAUCUUCUCUUCUCUUUUCUUUUCCCCAUUCCUUCUCCUUUAUUCGAAAAUCGAAGGUAGAUCAGCAUUACUUUGCCAGCUUACAAGUUCACCUUGAAGACAAUUUUAAUUUCAAGAUAAAAUGGAAAAGAAAAAUCAAAGAGUUUAUAAAAGAAGGCCUAGAAAAAAGGCUAGGCCAACGGAAGAGGAGUCUGCUCCUGCUAGAGAAGCAGAUAGGUUUCCACAAGCUCAGGUAACAGAAGAAAUGACCUCAUCAGCUCGUGGUUCAGUUAGAAAAGAAGAAAAUGCAGAAGAUGAGGAAUCAAUAGAUCAGGAAGAAGAAAAUGAAAGUGGAAAAGAAAGUGCAGAAGAUGAGGAAUCAACGCAUAAGGAAGAAGAAAAUGAAAGUGGAGAAGAAAAGGCAGAAGAUGAGAAAUCAACGCAUAAACAAGAAGAAAAUGAAAGUGGAGAAGAAAAUGCAGAAGAUGAGAAAUCAACGGAUCAACAAGAAGAAAAUGAAAGUGGAGAAGAAACAAAUAAUGAUGUACUUUUCGAACAAAGAAAAAAGUAUAACAUGAUGAGAAUGCUGCCCCUUCAAGAUCAAAUUUUGCUGAUGAUUCUGAUAUUGAGGUUCCCGAAUGCAUCAAGUCCAUUGAUCUUACAAAAUAUCGCUUCAAGACACAUUAUUCCGUGCACGGUGAUUUUCCGGGAAAGAUUUUUGUAAAGUCACCUCUAGGAGGAAAAGCAUUUGUUGAAUUCAGAGGAGUUCUGGUAGAACAGGGUAUUUUAGAUAGGUUAAAAAAAAGUGUUUUGGGCAUUUUCUUGAUAUUCCAAUGUAGCGAGUGAAUUUUGGGUCGCUGAUAGUUCAUGGUCUUCUACUCCGACAUAUCCUUUGUGAGAAAAAGAUGGAACUGUGGUUUGAAUAUGAAAAUAUGCCUGUUUGUUUUAUAUUGAGGGAAUUUGCCUUGAUGACGGGACUACAG